AUGGGCCGAAGAUCGCAGAAACCUCCACCGGGAGCUAACAGAGACUCCCUAGACAUCAGUACCAUGCUGCAACGCCCAACGGCUUCCAAAAUGGCGAUCGCACCAGACAGUGACAACUAUCUGGAAGACCCAGAGGAGACAUCAGAAAAUGUGAAAGAACCCCAACAGACACACUACCCCACAGCAGAUAGACGAGAAAACCUAAACCCAGCCACUAAGCAAGAUAUUGCAGACUCUCUCCAAGGAAUGCGGCAGAUGCACGCCGCGGAUCUGGACUCGAUCAAGACAGAGAUACAAGCGGUGACCGCACUCACGCAAGCCUCGGAGGAAGAUAUUCAAGAUCUCCGAAAAGAGGUACAAGGUCUAAAAGAAACGGUUCAACACUUGCAGACCUCCACAGAGGAGAAAUUACUCCAUUAA